AUGCCGAGUAAGCCUAGCGUCGCGCAGUGCGUGGUGCAGUGCGAUGAGGAGGCCUUCCUCCGUGCGGUGUCGGCGGGAAGCAACGUGAUUCCCAUUUCCCGCCGCAUUUUCAGCGACCAUCUGACGCCCGUCCUCGCUUACCGCUGCCUUGUUAAGGAGGACGACCGCGACGCCCCCAGCUUCCUCUUCGAAUCCGUGGAAACUGCCAAUGACGGCCGAGCCAGAUCCGGUCGCUACUCGUACGUGGGAGCGCAGCCAGCGCUGGAGGUGGUGGCGAGGGGAGUGGGCCCAGUGUCCGUGGUGAACCAUGACCUUGGGAAGAGGGAGACGAUCGAGGGCAAGGACCCGCUGCAGGUGGUGCAGGAUCUCUCGGCCACCUGGAAGCCAGCUGCCUGUGACUCUCUGCCCAACUCCUUCUGCGGCGGCUGGGUGGGGUAUACGUCGUACGACUCGGUGCGCUAUGUGGAGUCCAAGAAGCUUCCUUUCUCCUCUGCACCAAUGGAUGAUCGCCACCUGCCAGACGUGCACCUGAGCCUGUACAACGAUGUGGUGGUGUUCGACCACGUCACGAAGAUAGUGCAUGUGGUGUGCUGGGUGCAUGUGGACGACUACCCCUCCGCCUCUGACGCAUUCUCGUCGGGCCUCUCCCGCCUCUCCACUCUAGUCGACUGCUUGCAGCCCGCCUCCGCCCCCGUGCUGCCGGCAGGUUCAGUGAAUCUGGACACGAGGCAGCAGGGCCCGCCAGCACAGUCCACGAUGACGCGGGAGCAAUUUGAAGCAGCGGUGUUGUCUUCAAAGGAGAACAUCCUGGCGGGGGAUAUUUUCCAGAUCGUGCUCAGCCAGCGCUUUGAGAGGCGCACGUUUGCAGAUCCGUUUGAGGUGUACCGGGCGCUCAGGAUCGUCAACCCCAGCCCUUAUCUGGCCUACCUGCAGGCACGUGGCUCCAUCCUAGUGGCUUCAAGUCCCGAAAUCCUCUGCCGAAUCUCAGGCUCGACCGUGGUGAACCGGCCACUAGCGGGGACGAGGAGGAGGGGGCAGACGACAGAGGAGGACCUGGCUCUGGAGGCGGACCUCCUGGCGGAUGAGAAGGAGGUGGCUGAGCAUGUCAUGCUCGUGGACCUGGGAAGAAACGACGUGGGGAAGGUGUCGGUGGCGGGGUCAGUGGUGGUGGAGAAGCUCAUGGAGGUGGAGCGAUACUCGCAUGUCAUGCACAUCAGCAGCACGGUCACCGGGCAGCUGCUCCCCCACCUCACCUGCUGGGACGCUCUGCGCGCCGCCCUCCCUGUGGGCACCGUCAGCGGUGCCCCAAAGGUGCGAGCCAUGGAGCUUAUAGAUGAACUGGAGGUGACUCGCCGGGGACCCUACGCGGGGGGCAUCGGGUACGUGUCGUUUGCAGGCAACAUGGAUUUCGCCCUCGCCCUCCGCACCAUGGUCUUCCCCACCUCCUCCGCUAGCCGCUCCGAUACCCUCUUUGCCUACAACAGCAGCAGUGGUAGUAACAGUGGCAGUGGCAGGGGUGGUGGGGCAGGGGCAGGGUUGAAGCGGCGGCAGGAGUGGGUGGUGCAUGUGCAGGCGGGGGCGGGCGUGGUGGCGGACAGCGUGCCGGCAGCGGAGUGGCAGGAGACCGUCAACAAGGCUGCUGCUCUCGGCCGCGCCAUCGACCUCGCUGAGUCCGCCUUUGUGCACGCUAACAGGGAGUAG